UGCAUGAGAAAUUUUCAGCUGAAGGGUGGAGGAGAUUUAUAGUUCAAGAGCCGCCGAGCUGAAGUUUUAAGGUGUGAGCUGGAAAAGGACUUCGGAGAGAAACUUUCAGUGCAUUCAACAUCUUAGCCUUGAAGACUUGCUGAGUUUGUCUCGGGGAAACAUCGCUUCUAGAUGUUCAGGGAAAUAUUUUAAUGGAUCCAGGAUACAAACAUUGUGUUGAAGGUUCCUUCAUUUCUUUAGCUUGCCCUUCUACUGCUCAACAGGCUGUAUGUCGGAUCAUCAAUGUAACCAAAAUGAAAGACGUCCACCACCAAAAACUACAUGAAGAAUUCAAUGGGACAGGCGAUGGAGCAGUAACUUGGCCUGAAGCACAUUACAACCUGUACAUUGGGUUGACCCUAGCAAUCGCCUCCAGUCUCUUCAUUGGAAGCAGUUUUAUACUCAAGAAGAAAGGUCUCUUGCGAUUGGCUGAAAAAGGAAAUACCAGAGCUGGUCAAGGAGGAUAUGCCUAUUUAAAGGAAUGGCUAUGGUGGGGAGGACUUCUUUCUAUGGGUGCUGGAGAAGCUGCAAACUUUGCUGCCUAUGUGUUUGCACCUGCCACUGUGGUUACCCCAUUAGGUGCACUAAGUGUGCUAAUAAGUGCCAUUCUUUCAUCUUACGCCUUGCAUGAACGAUUGAAUAUCCAUGGUAAGUUAGGGUGCAUCCUCUGCAUUGUAGGAUCGACUAUAAUAGUGAUCCAUGCUCCAGAAGAGGAAGGCGUCCACUCCUUGGAUGAAAUGCAAGAAAAGCUAAAAGACACAGGAUUCAUCGUAUUUGCCAUCAUAAUAAUCAUAGUGUCUGUGGUGCUGAUUUUCUUUAUUGCCCCCAAAGUGGGACCAACAAAUAUUCUUGUCUACAUCUUCAUUUGCUCACUGAUUGGUGCCUUUUCUGUAUCUUCUGUGAAGGGGCUAGGCAUUGUUAUAAAAGAGCUGUUUGAAAACAAACCAGUAAUCAGCAAACCAUUGAGCUGGAUUCUGCUUCUGACUUUGAUCACUUCCAUUAGCAUUCAAAUCAACUAUUUAAAUAAAGCUCUUGAUACCUUCAACACCUCUAUAGUGACACCAAUUUACUAUGUAUUCUUCACUACCAUCGUCAUAACGUGCUCUGUUAUCCUCUUCAAAGAAUGGAACAAUGUGGAUAUCAAGGAUGUCAUUGGAAUUAUCAGUGGAUUCUGUACCAUAAUUUUGGGCAUCUUUUUACUUCAUGCUUUUAAGGAUAUUCAGUUCACUUGGGAACAGUUAUCAUCUCUCACCAAGAAAACUGAAAAAGAAGAAACAAAUGCACUUCAACAUGAUGACCAUCGUACGUUAUUGGAGAAUAUGGACAGCCCAUCUGCCAGCUAUGAAGAUGAAGUAAAUAUAUUCUUUAAUAGUAGAAAUGUUGGUUUACAAGAAAGUUCUAAUUUAAGUAGAUAAUUAGGAAAAUGGAAAUUUCUAAGAAAUUAUCUUCAUUAUUUUGUGAUCUUCUGUGCAAUCUGAAUUGCAAGAUCAUGGACUACUAUAAAUAUGUACAGAUUUUGAUUUGCAUUGUGUUUACAUAAUUUAUACAGUUUGUUUCUAGAUUUAAUUUUGCACUUGUUGGAUUAUCCAGUGUUCUGAAUUAAGUAAUGUAAAUAAGGAAAAAGGUGACUAAUGAUCAGUGCCUGGCAAUUCAUCUUUAGUCAGUGACGUUAAGUAUGCUAUAUGAUUACCUCAGCACUUUUUACUCCACCUCACAAUUCAUUCCAUUGAGGAAUGAAUUUCAGCCUAAGAACAUCGCAGAAGCUAUUAACUAACACAUUUAUUGCCACCAAAUUAGAGAUGAAUUUCCAUGCACAGUUAAUUUUAACUGAACAGCUUUGACUUGUAAGAAGUACACUGCAAUUUCAAUGUGAGGCAUUUGUUUCAGGGAUCAUGGUGGGAGAAUGGAUAUUUGCAAUAGAGAUUCAUUCUUCAAAUAAUGGCAUUUGAUACUGUGUAUAAUUGAAAUGGCUGCUUCGUACCAAGAGAAAAAUUUAAGAUCUGGGAUGUAAAUCUUAAGUAUAUAAUUUUUAAAAAAAAUUCUAACACUUUUAAGAUAAGAUACAGAUGAUUUGUGUAAUUUGGCAAAGUUGUAAGUAAUAAAAAUUUGCAGAGCUAGCCCUCACUCCUUAGCGAAUAUUUACCAUUGAGAGUGAAUGUAUUUCAAUAUAACUGCACAAAUUUGCUUUAUUUUUUACAAAUAAAGGUUGACCUAUAUUUGAGAAACAACU